GUGGAACUUCGAACGUAUCGGACGUGUGUACUUGCAUAAAAAAAGUUUUCAACUUCGCGCAGUGAGUUUAGUGUUGUCGAGGCGUUCAGUGUAAACACAUGGUUCGCCACUCCGGCCACGGCAUGGAGACCACUUUCUAUGAAGACCAGUAUCCCCUCAGUGGACCCGUGGAGAGCCUUAAGCGCUCCUUAACCCUGGACCUGGAUUUUGGGCGAGGCGGGAAGCGUGCGCGAGUCGCCGCUCCGGUGCUCUCCUCACCCGACCUCCAGCUGCUGAAGCUGGGCUCACCUGAGCUUGAGAAGAUGAUAAUCCAAAACGGAAUCAUCACAACACCAACACCGAACGCGGCGAUGUUUGCAGCAGCUCCAACGGAAGAACAGGAAAUGUACGCGAGGCCGUUCGUUGAGGCGCUGGACAAGCUCCAUCACAGCGACCCGACAGUCGUAACGCCGCUCGGUCGGCGUGUGUACGCCGACUUGGACCGCCCGCUCGAACGUUACCCAACUCCGGUCGUGAAGGACGAGCCCCAGACCGUCCCCAGUGCGGCCAGCUCGCCACCCCUAUCCCCUAUCGACAUGGACAGCCAGGAGAGAAUCAAACUAGAACGGAAGAGGCAGAGGAACCGAGUCGCCGCCUCCAAAUGCAGACGGCGAAAGCUCGAACGUAUCUCUAAAUUGGAGGAGAAGGUGAAAGUGUUGAAGGGAGAGAAUGCGGAGCUGGCACAGAUGGUGGUCAAACUGAAGGACCACGUCCACCGGCUGAAGCAGCAGGUGCUGGAGCACGCACACGGCGGUUGCAAUAUCGACUCGCACUACUGAUCGCGCCGCCGACGUCGCUCCUCCACAUUCCAUGCUAGUCGCGCCCGCUAGGACGCAGCAUACAAAGCAAUUUGUGAUCUUAAUUUUACUGUGUAAUAUAUAGUUAGAGAACACUAGUGUGUAAGGUGUUGAAGUCGCUACGUUAAGAAUGCUGUGGACUAUCGUUAAGUUUGAGAGAUUAGGUUGCCAGUGAUACGCUGAGGCAGAACUCCGCUCGUCUGCUACGUUAUGAGAUUUGAUUGUGAAAUUAUUUAAAGGGAUGUUACUGUACUUAGCGCGAGUCACAACUUCCAAACUUCCAUUGUAAGUUGCAGAAUAUUGUUUCCCUUAAAGUCAGUAUUGUAUCGCGUUGUCUCAUUUAGAAUAGUGUAGAAACUAGAAAGGAUAAUCGUGCAACGUCAUUUGUGUGCAAAUUGAACGAGGUUGACGCGACGUUGCCAGUUUUACGGCGAAUUUCCCGUUUCUGCGAUGUUGCCGCACUUCGUAUUCGUUUGACAGUGUUUUCAUUACAUUGUUUAUGCUGAACGCAUACGAUUUGAAUAUUACUUGAAGCGUUUUUAUGACAGUUUCACUCGGGUCAUGAAUUGAUAACAACUUGUUGAACAGACUACACGGAUCUGUCAGAUUGUAGAAAUGAAACACUGUAUGGACGUGAAAGAGAUAGCGGCAUGUAAGACUGGCAACAGCGCAUCGAACCAAGUCACGAGCGGAUGUUCUGCUAAUUAAAAUUCCGCCUGCGCCGCCCUCGCGGAAUGGCGGCCAUGUGUUCAGCAGUCGGACGUUCCCAAUCAGUUUGGUUGCACAAGGUUAACUUUUCGGCGACAAUGGUGUUUCAUCACCCGCGGGGGAACGCCAUUGACCGCUGAGCUUAUCGUUUAAGACAGAAUGUAUGUGAGACUGAUCGAAUGUUAGACUCGUGUGCCUUCGUGCGAAAGAGAAAGCGUGAGUUGUUGCAAGAGGUUUUCCCGAUACAUGCUUAAUGUUUUCUCAGAACUGACCCGGUGCUCUUUAUUAUGGAGGACGUGACUUGAGUAACGCGAGGCCGUCCGAUUAAUAUUAUUUGUGGAUGUAUGGGAGUGCAUUUCGUAAUAGAGCGACCGUCUUGUCUGUGUGUGACGACGUGUGAAUGAGACGUAAGUAUUUAUUAUUGAGUGUGUACAUUUAGGAUGAAGUAGCAAUCUCGAGUGCCUACGCUUUGUAAACUAAAAGCCUUUAUUUUAAUUGUUUUUGUUACCAUAUUAAAGUGCUACGAUAAAGAAUUGUACCAUUGUCUUCUGUAGGUUAUUGUAAGUAAUAUAAUACCAAUUAACAAAUUGAAAUUGUUAUGUGGAGGGUUGGUCACGUGCGGGGUCGUCAAUUUGUUCUCCGAACGCCUCACGCGGCCGGCCCAUCCUAAUUUGUAUUAUUUUUAUACAAAAUGAUUCGCAGAAUGUUAACAAUAAUUUGUAAGUUUAUAAAGAACAGUUAUACCUACUAAAAUAAUAUAUUUCUAUGAAUAUAACAAAGAAUAUUGUUUUAUACUGAAUACAUAUUGUAUAAGAAAUUGAACGAAGAUAAAAAUAAAUUAUGAAGAUUAUUAUACCCAUAA